CCGACCCUGCGCUUUCAGCAUCGGACGCGGCCGAGUCUCCGCAGACCAGAUCACUAAGAAGGGAUAUGGCCGCGACUCUGGGCAGCGGGGAGCGCUGGACAGAAGCUUACAUUGAUGCAGUUAGAAGAAACAAAUACCCAGAAGACAGACCUCCUGAAAGUCACGACCCCUGUGGCUGCUGUAAUUGCAUGAAGGCACAAAAGGAAAAGAAGUCUGAGAAUGAAUGGAAUCAGACCCGGCAGGGUGAGGGGAGUGUCACGUAUACUGAGGAGCAACUUCUUGGGGUACAAAGGAUCAAGAAAUGCAGAAAUUACUAUGAAAUUCUGGGAGUUUCUCGAAAUGCCAGUGAUGAGGAGCUUAAGAAAGCUUACCGAAAACUCGCCCUGAAAUUUCACCCUGACAAGAACUGUGCUCCUGGAGCAACAGAUGCUUUCAAAGCAAUAGGAAAUGCCUUUGCAGUCCUGAGCAAUCCUGACAAGAGACUCCGCUAUGAUGAAUAUGGAGAUGAGCAGGUGACUUUCACUGCCCCUCGAGCCAGACCUUAUAAUUAUUACAGGGACUUUGAAGCCGACAUCACUCCAGAAGAGCUAUUCAACGUCUUCUUUGGAGGACAUUUUCCCACAGGAAACAUUCAUAUGUUUUCAAACGUCACAGAUGAUUCCCACUAUCACCGCCGGCGGCACCGACAUGAGAGGACACAGGCACAGAAGGCAGAGGAGGAAGAUAAGCCUCAGACUACGUAUUCUGCAUUUAUUCAGUUACUUCCAGUUCUUGUGAUUGUGAUUAUAUCUGUCAUUACUCAGCUGCUGGCUGCUAAUCCCCCAUAUAGUCUAUUCUAUAAAUCGGCCUUGGGCUACACCAUUUCUAGGGAAACCCAGAACCUGCAAGUGCCUUACUUUGUGGACAAAAACUUUGACAAGGCCUACAGAGGAGCCUCUCUGCAUGACCUGGAAAAGACGAUAGAGAAGGAUUACAUUGAUUACAUCCAGACGAGUUGUUGGAAGGAGAAACAACAAAAGUCGGAGUUGACAAAUUUGGCAGGAUUAUACAGAGACGAACGAUUGAAAGAGAAAGCAGAGUCGCUGAAACUUGAAAACUGUGAAAAACUCUCCAAGCUUAUCGGCCUGCGCAGAGGUGGCUGACAGGAUGAUAGUCCUAUACAGGGUUGGGGUUUUGCUACUGGUUCCUAUUGAUGUUCCUAAUUCCAUUUUAUAAUACAAAAUUAGGAAAUGA